CGUGACUGCUGACAUAAUCGGUCCUUUAGCUGGACUGGAUUUAGUCACUACCUGGUGUCACAUUUAUAGCAUCUGACUUAGUCACUGACGAUAAACAAGAUGAACAAAUACAGGAAGCAGAUGGCAGAGCAGUUCCUGAGUCAGGCCCUGGGCAUCAUCUGCCUGCUGACUGGAGAGGAAUAUGUCAUUGUGAAUAAGAGGCCCUCCCACAGCGUCAUUCACCGGCAGAGCAGAGAUGUGCCUAUAAAGUGUGAUGAUGUUGCUGUGUAUUUCUCUAUGGAGGAGUGGGAGUAUAUAGAGGGACACAAGGAGCUUUACACGGACAUUGUAAUGGAGACUAAUCAAGUGCUAAAGACUAUGGUGAUCCCAGAAAACAAGAGCUCAGAACUAACAGGUCACAGUGAUGAAAAUCUUUACAAAGGAGCACAUUCAGAACUUGUACAGAAUAUUCAGCCAGUGGAGACCCCAUCAGACGUCUCUGCAGGUCACAGUGAUGAAAUUCUAGACACAGGAGCACAAGAACUUUUACAGAAUAUUCUGCCAUCAGAUGUCUCUGCAAAUGACAUUAAUACAGACGUAGAUGUUAAAACAGAAGAUCUGAGUGUAAUGUGUCAACUGGAAGCGCCAAUGCAGGAAAUGUGUUACAGCGACAAUGAAGGUGAAAAUCAUUCUAGGAUUUCAGGUAAAAAAGAUCAGUGGCUAAGAAAUGUACCUGAAGCUCCAGUGCAGGAAAUAUGUGACAAUAUUUAUACAGGUGAUGUUAAGACUGAAGUCACACUUAAUGCUGAACAAACAAAUGAUCUGUAUGUAGAGAGUCCAUGGGAAUCUGUGCAGCAGGAAGUCAGUGAUAAUAUUAGUACAGGUGAAAAUCAUUCUAGGAUUUUGCACAAAAAAGAUCAUCAGUGGCUAAGAAAUGUCCCUGGAGCUUCAGAGCAGGAUAUAUUUGACAAUAUUAAUACAGGUGAUGUUAAGACAGAAAUGACACUUAAUGCUGAACAAACAAAUGAUCUGUAUGUAAAAAGUCCACGGGAAUCUGUGCAGCAGGAAAUCAGUGAUAAUAUUAGUACAGGUGAAUUUACAAACUGCAAUAAUCCUGGUCAUGGUAAAAGUGCUGAUACUUAUUUGAAUUUUCUUCAAAAUCAAAGAAACCAUGUGGGAAAUGUAUGUUCGGAAUGUGGAAAAUGUUUUACCUUGAAAUCAGCUUUUAGUAAUCAUAUGAAAAUUCAUACAGAAAAGAAAUUAUUUUCAUGUUCUGACUGUGGAAAAUAUUUUACUCAGAAGUCAUCUCUUAUUACGCAUCAGAAAAUUCAUACAGGAGAAAUAUCAAUUACGUGUUCUGACUGUGGGAAAUGUUUUAAGCGGAAAUCAUAUCUCAUUACACAUAAGAAAAUUCAUACAGGAGAGAAAGCAUUUUCAUGUUCUGACUGUGGGAAAUGUUUUACUCUGAAAGCAACUCUUACUGAUCAUCAGAAAAUUCAUACAGGAGAGAGAGCAUUUUCAUGUUCUGACUGUGGGAAAUGUUUUAUUCAGAAAUCAUCUCUUAUUACGCAUCAGAAAAUUCAUACAGGAAAGAAAGAAUUUUCAUGUUCUGACUGUGGGAAAUGUUUUAUUUUAAAAUCAUAUCUUAUUAGACAUCAGAAAAAUCAUACAGGGGAGAAACCAUUCUCAUGUUCUGACUGUGGGAAAUGUUUUACUAAGAAAUCAUCUCUUAUUACGCAUCAGAAAAUUCAUACAGGAAAGAAAGAAUUUUCAUGUUCUGACUGUGGGAAAUGUUUUAUUUUAAAAUCAUAUCUUAUUAGCCAUCAGAAAAAUCAUACAGGGGAGAAACGAUUCUCAUGUUCUGACUGUGGGAAAUGUUUUACUCUGAAAUCAAAUCUUAUUAGGCAUCAGAAAAUUCAUACAGGUUAGAAAGCAUUUACAUGCUCUAAAUGUGGGAAAUCUUUUACCCAGAAAAGACAUCUUGUUACUCAUUAGAAAAUGUAUAUUAAAGGAAGUCCAUUAAAUCAGAGCUUAUGAUGGCGACAGAUAGUCGUCAUCCUCACAAUGUCUAGAGUGCUUAUGAUGACUACAUGUUGUCCUCUGGGGGACCCAUUUGUUGAGCUGUUUGAGGUCCCUUCUGCAUCUCAAGUGGAUUUUAGGUGGCCCUAAGGGAGUAGGUUUCCCUAUAUAGGUUUAUAUAGCCAAGUCAUCUCAUGGCAUAAAAAUGUGUUAAUUUGAGUAGAGGUUGAUGAAAGGGAGGCCUUAUGUGCAGAUCAAAGUUAUAUAAAAAUGCCCAAAAACCCUUAUUUAUUUGUUUAUAAACCCUUCUUUGAAAUGUAGAUACUGUUGAGUAUAUUUUUGGCAACUGAUCAGAGUUUACAGUGUUUCCCAUUCUGGAAUUUAAAUUGACCAGGUGUAGGGGUGUACAGGGAGAAGACACCAUGUUAACAUCAAAAGUGUAAGAGGCUUCCAAAAGGCCUUGUCUAGAUUACGAUAGCCCCCCCAAGCUGUAUAAAAUGCAUUGUGCUGAAUUAUAACAAAAAUACAUUUAUUUUUUACUUUUGAUUUUCAACACUGAAUUAUUCUCCAUUUCUGCUUCGUUUUGAAAGGUUAUCUCAUACAGUUAUAGAUCCACAAAAGAUUUGACUAUAAAGUUGAGGGAAAAGCUCACACGUUAUUGUUUAUCAAAAUUGUAAUAACAAUUCUUUUUUUCACACCUUUUGUUGUAGAUUUCUCAUGUCAUAAUAUAUAAAUAAAAUAAUGGUAUAGUUUGAA